AUGGCAGGCCCCAAGGUGCAUGAUGGUGCUGUCACUGGCCCAGUGAGCAAGCGGCAAAAAAUACAGAGUAAUGCCGAAGAGAGCUCUGCGCCACUCGUCCGCCAGUCCAAGAUAUUUGCGCCGUUCAGAACAGUAGGCCUUGUGUCGCCAACCAAUGUUCCCUUCACCUCGCUUCCGCUUGGAAAGACUACCUUCCAAAUCACAACCUCUGUCGGCCGCUCCCUUCAGACUUAUGAUCUCAAGCGCGGUCUCAACCUCGUCUUCAUAACCCGCCCGCAGACUCCCGAGGAUAUCACAGCAACGCUAGCAUGGAAAAAGCUUGUCUUUGCAGCCUGGUCUGGCGCAGAGAGCGAAUCUGAGCGCGGCGUCUGGGUUUUCCAGCGCGGAAAGAAGGUUGGCGAGCUAGAGCUACCUCGUGGUGGCAUUGAGCGCAUCACGAGACUGGUCGUCCUUGGAGAAUGGAUCGUGGGAUGCGGCAGCACCAAGAUUGACGUCUGGAGAACAGCGACUUUGGAACACUACACUUCUCUCCAGGGCGCCUCUGCCAGUGAACUCUCGGGCUGCAUCUGCAACAUGCCCACCUAUCUCAACAAAAUCUUCGUCGGGCGAAAAGAUGGAUCCGUCGAGAUAUGGAAUAUCAGCACCGGAAAGCUAUUGUAUACGCUCCUUCCACCCGCCGCAGACUUUGGUUCCGUGACCGCACUGCAGCCGACGCCAGCCCUGUCGCUCCUCGCCAUCGCAUACGAAUCGGGUCCUGUUACGAUACAUGAUGUACGUGCGGAUAAGGAGGUAAUGCGCUUGAACACAGGUGGCUCGCAGAAGCACCCAGUGACGUCCAUUUCCUUCAGGACCGAUGGUUUGGGCGCUGGGAAUGAUGGUCGCGAAGACGGUGUUAUGGCGACGGCUAGCAGCGACAGCGGCGACAUUGCAUUUUGGGAUCUCAACAAGGGUGGUCGUAAGACAGGUACCUUGCGAGGAGCUCACAGUCCACCCCCGUCUGCAAGCGGUGGUGUCGGUGGAGGUAUCAGCAAGAUCGAGUUUCUGGCUGGGCAGGCCGUCAUUGUAUCGAGUGGCUUGGACAACGCGCUGAAAAGUUGGAUCUUUGACGAAACCCCCUUCUCACCUGUACCGCGCAUCCUACAUUCUCGCGGCGGACAUGCGGCGCCAGUCUCGACCCUCCGUUUCCUCCCUUCCAACUCGGAUGGCUCUGAUGAUGUUGGCAAAUGGCUUCUUAGCGCGAGCAAAGACCGUAGUCUAUGGGGCUGGAGUCUGCGACGAGAUGGACAAAGCACAGAGCUCAGUCAGGGAGCCAUUCAGAAGAAGGCCAAGAAGAUGGGUCUGUUGGCCGGAAAUGAUGAGACAUCGAGGAACUAUAACAGGUUGGAAGAUCUCAAGGCUCCCGCUAUCACCUGUAUGGCGUGUUGUCUCAAUCGCGACGGUGGCGUGGGGGCAAUGCCUGGCGUGACUGGCAUCUGGAACAACUCAUCCAAGAUCAAAGGACAACCCAAAAAAGCCACAGAGGUCAACAUGACUGGAUGGGAGAGCAUUGUUACCGGACACGCUGGUGAUAAGAAGGCGAGAACCUGGUUCUGGGGCCGCAAACGAGCAGGAAGAUGGGCGUUCGAUACAGGCGACGGAACCGAGGUCAAGAGUGUCGCAGUCUCAGCCUGCGGCACUUUUGCUUUGAUUGGCUCUGCUGGGGGUUCCAUUGACAUGUACAACCUUCAAUCUGGCCAAUUUCGACGAAGAUUUCCCGCUCGACUCACUCCGGUGGAGGCAAAGCGGUACAAACUGCAACAAUUACAGGCCCAGGACGUCGCCGAUGAUUCUCCACGCAAGUAUGCAAAGGGAGAAGGCAAACACAAGGGAGCUAUUACCGGACUUGCUGUAGACGGCCUGAACCGCACGCUUAUAAGUUGCUCGGAUGAUGGCAAAGUGAAGUUCUGGGACUUUGCUACAGGUAUCCUACUGCACGAGAUCGACUGGUAUCCCAUGACCAAGAUACUUGGCAUCCGCUAUCAUCGAAACAGUGAUCUGAUAGCGUUGAGCUGUGACGAUAGCUCCAUUCGGGUAUUGGACAUUACGACUAAGAAGCUUAUUCGAGAGCUCUGGACAUCUCGAUCCCAUGCUGAGCUGCAAACACUCGACUAUACAUUUUCGAGCGAUGGUCGAUGGAUCAUCUCUGCUGCAUCAGACUCUACUGUCAGGGUCUGGGAUCUACCGACUGGCCAUCUCAUCGACGCAAUGAGGCUACCAAGGAAAUGCAACACAAUGGCCUUUUCACCUUCUGGCGAAUUCCUCGCCACUGGGCUCGAAGGGGAGGUUGGUGUGCACAUCUGGACGAAUCGAACGCUCUUCACGCAUGUAUCGACACGCCAGAUAACAGAGGACGACAUUGCCACAGUCAGCGCACCUACAGCAUCCGGCGAGGGUGGUGUUGCUGUUGUUGAAGCUGCCACUGAAGAGCAGUCAGAAGACGCAGAUGGUGACGAGGUUACCGUUCCGAUCAUGGAUCAGCUUAGUGACAAGAUUACGACUCUCAGUCUAGUCCCAAAGUCUCGUUGGCAAACGUUGUUACACCUCGACGUAAUCCGUGCUCGCAACAAACCGAAAGAAGCCCCCAAGGCACCAGAGAAAGCCCCAUUCUUCUUACCAUCUGUCGGCCAAACCCAGACAAAAGGAGCAGAGACCGAUGCCCUUACGUCACUCGAUCAAGAUCCAAAGUCUCGCAUAUCCAGCUCCGCGCUUGCUUCGCGUUCUAGCGCCGCCACAGCUACAGAUGAGUUCAGUCGCCACCUUGCGCAUGCAGCCGAAACCGCUGAAUAUACGCCUCUCCUAUCCCAUCUUGCUUUGCUUCCACCUUCUGCCGCCGAUAUCGCAAUUCGCACCCUUGACACUACCGAACCAUACACAGAGCUACGGACGUUCACCGAGGCGCUCACGGCACGAUUGAGACAACGUCGAGACUACGAGCUUGUACAGGCAUGGAUGAGUGUUUUCUUGCGACUACAUGGGGAUAUUGUUGUCAAAGACGCUGAACUAGUGGGGCAAUUGAGGAAAUGGCAAGAGGAAGCAAAGAGGGAAAGAGAGAGGGUGGGUGGACUUGUUGGGUAUAGCGUAGGCGUUGUGGGAUGGGUUAGGAGUACAAGGUGAGCCAUGAAUGGACAAUCGAAAAGUUGUUUAAG